AAACAUCCCCCUUUUAAAACAAAAAGAUACCAGAUAUCGAAAAGAAAAAAGAAAAGAGAAAUAAGAGAAAAAAAGAAGAAAAACAAAUAAAGGAUAAACGCUAUAAUAGUCAUAUGAGAUAUAUUACCUAAGCAUGUCAAAUCAAAACCAGUGGAUUCAAAUAAGGCGCUUUUUUUCUUCCAUCAGUUCGUAGGCCCAACGACAGCACCCUAACCCCCACCACUAGAUCCUUUCUUCUUCCAAUCGCCGAUGACAUCCCUGCUCUCACUCUCUUCAGUCGAACUGGAAAAGUCGUCAAGCUCGGGUGAAAGUUUUUCGAUAGUGUAAAUCGUGCGACACUUAACAUACACACGCACACACAUAUAUAUAUAUAUAUAUACACAUAUAGAUAUAUAUUCACGUUCGCCACGUACAUUUACACUCACAUACGCACGGGGAACACACUCGCAGAUAUACGCGCGCAUUCGCGCACAAACUUACAAAUUUACGAGCGUGAGAAUAACAUAUAUACAUCGAUUUUAACGAUACAUUGACACAUAUCUCUCACAAAUACACGCGUUACAUAUAUACGUACAUAGAAACGUAUAUAUACAGUAUAUGUAUAUAUAUAUAUAUAUAUACAUAUAUACACAAAUUAAUACGUAUAUAUAGGUAUACGAAUUUAAUCUUGUAUCGAAGAGAUAUAUAAAAAAAGAAAAAAAAAAGAAAGAAAGAAAGAAAUAUUCGAUGAUAAAAGCCACGAUGUUCUGUGUUAAAUCGAGGCAACUACCAAUGCUUCAAGUUUCGGGAAAUUGCUUUUUCCCUUUCAAUCCAAGCUUGCAGGAGGAACUUAAGCGAUUAUUCACCGAUGAUUUCACAUUCUACAGUUACUAUACCAAUCCGUAUCCUAAUGUGGACGACGUGAUGGAAGAAUUUCGUCACAAUGGACGGGAUUUUGAAUAUUGUCCGGAUGUCGACGAUUAUCAACAGCCUGUAGCUAAUAUUCGUCGAAAAAAGCCGAAAAAGCCAUUACCAAACGUAUGCGUCUUUUGUAGAAACAAUGGCGUUGAGGAAAUAUAUUAUCGGCAACAUUUGAUCAAGUAUGCUGAUGGCCGUGUGCAGUGUCCCGUUCUUAGGGCAUAUACGUGUCCGAUCUGUGGUGCUACUGGAGAUACAGCGCAUACCGUGAGCCAUUGUCCAAUGAGAUCCAAAAAUUCAGGAUCUUAUCAAUCAAAAUCAUCAUUCGAGACAAUUUCAACCACGAACGAUCCAAAAUUACAAAGAAAUUCAAUAGGUAAACGACGCCAGAAGUGAAUUGAUUUUGUUUUUUUGUUUUUUUUUUGUUUUUUUUUUUUCGAAUAUAUCGACGAGAUUAAUUUUUUCAACCGUGAUCUAUCUUAAUGAAUAAGAAAACAAAAAGAAAGGCAGGAAGUAUAGAUAAAAGAGAAAAAAAAAAUUACCAAUGUACUACAACUAACUAACUGGGGUAUGGUAAUUAGAUAAACGUUUGAAUUGAAUUUACAUUGAUUUUUGUGCUAAACAAUUAAUUAUUUUCAACAAUUGUUUUUGACAAUUUUUGAAAAUAUAAAAGAUCGUUCGAAAAUUAAUAUGGCAUAUAUAUACGUAACUCGAACUAGUACGUAUGAUUUUGUAUUAUGAGAAUAUUUAGACUUGCAAUGUUUUUUUGUACUUACUCUAUAUGUAUGAUUAAUUCUGUAAAUCUUUUUUUUUUUUUUUUUCAAAUACGAAUAUCAUGGCGCAUAUUAAUUAUAUUUUUAAGAGUUAAGUAAUGAAUUCUUUCAUUGAGAAUAUAUUAUGUGAAGCCUUUUAAACAAUUCUUAUAUAUUAUUAAUAGGUUAAUAUUUUUUUUUUUUUUUUUCCCACUAUAUUAAACGAAUGACUCUAAUCGACGAAAAGAAAAGAAAAGAAAAAUAAAAAAAAUUAUGUAUCUUUAAAAGGUUUCGAGUGAUAUCAAAUUAUUAAUUCUCAAUGAAAAUAGAUAAGACUGCAAAGUUUAAAAAAUGACAAUCUUUUUAUUAUAUAUAAAUAUAUAUAUAUAUAUAUAUACUCACAUACAUGUAUAUAUUAAUUAAAUUAAUUAAAAGAAAUGAAGAAGUUUCUUUUACAGAUUUAGUUAAUAGUCUGAGAGAAUGAAGCUGCAAUAAUUUUAUAUAUGUAUAUAAACAUAUACAUACAUAUAUACAUAUUAUAUAUAUAUAUAUAUAUUAUAUAUAUAUAAAUUAGAUACAGUUAUAUCUUUUCAUAUGCAGAAAUUCGAACCUUUUCUUUUUUUAUUAAUUACGAAAAGUGAUAUAUACAUAUAUAUAUAUAUAUGGAUAAACAUUAACGAACAUUGUUUUAUUAAAUAAUCUUGGCCACAAUUCUUACUAGUUUGAAGAGCAUGCAUUAAAAAGAGAAACAUGAAAAAAAAAAAAAAGAAGAAGAAUAAGAAAAUAUCUCUUUUUUGAUUCGUCAAGAUGGCGAUAAUCGUGACGAUAAUUAAAAGAUAAUUAAAAGAUCCUAUUCGUUUUUUAAAACUACUUCUGACACGAUCUUAUAAUGGACCAUUACGAAGUUAGUCGUAGAUUUGAAAUAUUAACAAUUUUCUAUGAUAAAAUUGACGUACAUUUUUAAAUGUGGCGUUACGUUAAAAUUUAUUAUUUCUUUUUUCUUUUUUUUUUUUUUUUUUUUUUUUUAUGCAAAACUUAGAUUGUCAAAAGUUCUAAAAAAAAAAAAAAAAAAAAAAAGGAGGGAUCGAUACAUCAUAUAUUAGAUUUCUAGUUUCACUAAAGUCAUUCGUUCAUGUGCCUGAUUAUGUAAUUAUUGAUAUAAUUGUAGUUAUUAACAAAUUAAAAAAAAGAAACAAAAAGAAAACAAGAAGAAAAAGGAAAAGGAAAAAAGGGAAAAACCAAGAAUUUCUAUUUCAACAAAAUAAACAUUCGUUCUAAUGAUAGUAUUCCAAAAAGUAUUAUUAGAUUUGUAAAAUGAUCUCAAUAUGAUUUUUCUUUGUAUUCAUUUGCAUUAUUAGUUCUGUAAAAUCAUCAUAUUGCUCUCAUAUUAUAUCUUUAUUUAACAUUUAUAUAUACUUAUGUAUGUAUAUACAUAUAUAUGUGUGUGUGUAUAUAUAUAUGUAUUUAUAAUAGUUUGUUCCAAUGGUUUUUUUUUUUUUUUUUUUUUUUUUUGAAAAUCAAAUACAUAUAUUGUAAUAGUAUAAUAUUAUUGUAACUAUUAUUUUGUAAAUGAGUUUAACUAUUCAAACUAUAUUUGGCUGUACGUUUUUCCAAAGAUACUUUUUUUCCUGUCAAAGACUAUUAUUAUUAUUAUUAUUAUUAUUAUUAUUAUUAUUAUUAUUAUUAUUAUUAUUAUUUUAUAUUAAUUGCACAUACACAUGCACACACAUACACAUACAUAGAGUAGUAUUUAAAAAAAGUAGUAUUAAAAAGAAAUAUUUUAUUACUUAUUCAUAUAUAUUAUAAUAUUACAUAUUAGAGAUAUUAUAAGUUCUAUUAAGUCUUAAAUAAUUGUUCUAUGAUAAGAUAUAAUUAAUUAAUUGCACAAAAUUUAAUAUCAUCCUGCUCUAUUUUUCGUUGAUCGAUUACUGUUUGACUGAAAUCGUGAUAUAUACGUAUUAAAAAUAUAAUAAAUAAAUUGAAUCGUGAAUUGAAGAGCAAGAGAUGAUAAAUGUAUAAAUAUAAAGCAUACAAGAGAUUAAUAUAAAUUAUUGUCAUGAUAUUGUUACUUAUUAUUUGAGCAAUAUCUAAUUUUUUGUUUCGUUUAAUUUUCACAUUAUGUAUAUACAUACAUAUAUACAUAUGUAUGUAUGUAUAUAUAUACACACACAUAUAUAUAUAUAUAUAUAUAUGUAUGCGUUCUCUUGUUUUACGCAAUAGUAAAAUUUAAUAGAAUUGUACAAAUAUAAUAAUUUUUAUAAGUCAAAAGAAAAAAAAAAAAAAAAAAAAGAAAUAUACAGAAGAAGAAAAGAAUAUCACCAUCUUCCAAUAGAUUUUCAUGUAUAAUAGUUAAUGGUAUUGAUCUAUAUAUAUCAAAAUAUAGAUCAAAACCAAAUAGGCCCAUAUUUCGUGCUAAAGGCGCAUUAAUUUUUUUUUUUUUUCUUUCUCUUUCCUUUCUUUUUCUUUUUUGAUUCGCAAAAUCAAAAAGGGCCAGAAAAAGAAUAGGGAGUUUAUUUUUUUUUUUUUUUUUGUUUAUUUUUCAAUUUUGCUUUUACAAAUGUUCCUAUAUGCCGCUGCCAGAGUAAUGAAAUCAAUUUGUUUGUUAUUAUAUUAUGUAACAUUUUUUGCAAUAUCGCCAUGAUAAAUACCUCUUUUUGGUACAUAUAUUAUAAUUACUGCUAUUUAAUUAUUAUUAUUAUUAUUAUUAUUAUUAUUAUUAUUAUUAUUAUUAUUAUUAUUAUUAUUAUUGAUGUAUAAUUUUACGAUAUUUAAUUAAGUGUUU